ACCUGAACAGAUUCAAUUGGAGUAAAACAAGAAAUCAAAUUGCUGCGUUUUUAAAUUCAGCCAUAAAUUAUAUCAGCUCAUAUAACAGUUGUAAUUUUCGCGACAGUGAAGAAAUUAUGGAGAGGCAAGAAAGCUGGAGCCUGACGUGGUAUUAGGAUUAAGGUCGAUAACAAAAGUAUAAGAAGUAGCUAUUCAUAAAAGAUCCGUACAAGAGUUAAAGCACAUAGAUUGUCAAUUAAAUAAACUGUAUAUAUCGCCUGACGCUUUUGAAUACUCAUUUGUUUGCUUUGAUAUAGGUUGUCACACAAGCGAAGUUUGAAUAUAAAUUAUUUAAUGAAACGUCAUGAAAAUUAUAGCUUUAGAGUUUCAAAUUUUAGUGUAAUGACCUAGCAUAGCACAAAAAUACAUUUGAAUUUUCCUAAUGAAUGUAGUAGGAAUCUAAUGAGAAUAAACAAACGUAAAGCGAUAAAAGCUUUAAAAGAAAGAACAUAAAAUAGCACUGGUGUCAGCACGUAGCCAAAUCCCUUUUCCUAGCAAAAUUACCAUAUAUUUCGUCCCUCUCUCUAAGUCAAUCUCCCUAGUGCUGACAGCAGUGCUUCUCUAGGCCUACUGGAGAUAAUAUUUUUGUUAAACGUGGAUAAGAAAAACAACUUGAUCUAUUCAUAAGACAUUCAGAGAAUUCAUCCCAGUUUUUGACAAAGCCUUUUGUAUUUCUGAAAAGCAUCAUUUCCCAUCUAAUCAACAUUUCAUUUUUAAUUGUGCACUAAACACUUGUCUGGAAAAGUUGGCUUGGAGACGUUCCAGCUAGGGUAGUCUUUGACAGCGCAUUCACAAGCUGCGUCCAAGUUUUGGACAAGACCCCCUGUAUUUCGGAAACGUAACCUCUCCCGCUCGAUCGACAUUCUGGCUCGAAUUCUCUACUAAAACCGAUGUAGAAAAAUUUGUUUUGGUAAAGUUCCUUGUCUGUUGACCAUUGUUAGCUCAUUCACAGGGUGUUUCCCCGUUUAUGGACAAAACGCCAGUGUCACAGAAAAGCGUCCUCUCCCGCCCGAUCAAUAUCCAGAUUCGGAUCUACUACUGGUUUAGAAUGAGUUGGUUCGGUAAAGUUCUUCCUCGGUCGGCAAUGCUCCCUCUUGUGCCUCUGGACUAAAAUAGUUGGUAGGGCUCUCCGUUUCGACUGAAUCAAGGUGUGGAUAGGAACAUCAUGGAAAAGUCAAACCUAUCCUGUCACACAGUUAUGAAAUUUUGAACAUAUAUCACAGGUCUUUCUCAAGGAAAAAACACAUUUUGACUGUUGGUAUUCAUAGAUAUCAAUAAAAACUUAAUCACGACCCGGUCUCAAGUUCAUACCUCAAAAAUGGUACCCAGCUAGACAGCAAAACAUAGAAUAAUGUCACACAGUCACAACAAUGAGCUUUGGAAAAAAGAAACCAAAAUCGCCAAGAAAUUAUUUUCUGCAUUUGAUUAGUUUUUUGUUCCAUGUUAACUUUGUGGUAUUUUCCAUUCUAUUGAAAUGACAAAGGCAUCUUAUCUAAGCCACAGAUUUGCAGGAUGAAUCGAAAAACUCGACGCCGUCACUUAACAUUGAGACGGGAACAAAUAUAAAACUAUGCUAACUUCCUUCGGGAAUGGUAGACCAAAGGGACCUAUGGUAACAAAACCAUAACCAAACAUGAAACUCUUUCAGAUUGUUUUAUUCUAAAUUUGAUUCUGCGUAAAACCUGUUAAAGGAUUUUGAUGGAAAGGGUAUUGCCUCCCUUCUCUUUGUAUAUCUAUUUGGGAGAGGUGGUGGGAAAGGGAGAUGGAAGGUGCGAAUUCUGCUGAUAUUAGACUCAGGAAUAUCAUUUGUCAAAUUUGACAGUUUAAAACGAAACAUUUGAAAUGAAACUUUGGCUGUUAAUUAGAUUGAUUCUUUUGCUUUUCAUCUACUAAAAACCACAUUAUUAGAAAGGCAAUGAAGCAAAGUUAUCCAUGAAAUAUCCAGGGAAAUCCGGGAGGGCAAUAUUUCUCAUCUGGUUUGAUAUACAAAGAACUGUUAAAAGCAGGCUUGUUCCGAUGUGGUGAGUUUUGAGAUUGACCUGAAGGCCAAAAUAGAAUAGCAAAACAGCCAAAAUAAAACAUUAAUCGUUACAUUGCACCAGCCGAAUGCAGUUGACUAAACAAGACAGACAAAGAGAAAGAAUUUUUUAUCAUGGAGGAAGAGCCUUUAAUGAACAAAAAUGAAAGACAUUUACAUGAUGAAUCCCGGUUAAGCGAGAUAUCUAGCAAUGAAGAUGUUGAGAUGCCUGAAGAUCACAAGCUAAGACAAAGGUCAAUGCGUGUCAUCUACUUGAUUUCCUUCUUUGGUGCAAUAGCGUAUACAAUUACAAUGCCAUCACUCUGGCCCUAUAUGAAAAAGCUUGAUCAGCUGGUGAAACCAUGGUAUCUUGGUAUUGCCAAUGGUGGCUAUAAUCUCGGGCAUUUAAUUGGUGUGUUUACUUUUAGUGCAUGGCAUCGCACCUAUGGAGCCCGCGCGCCUCUUCUUGCCUGCAUCCUGAUCAAAUUCUCUGGAGAUUGUUUGCAUGUUCUUGCAGCAGCAUUUCCUGGAAGCAAUGGACUAGCAAUGCUUAUAGCGGCACGAUUUGUAACUGGUUUGUCUAAUGGUCAAGCUGUUGUCUGUCGCACUGUCUUGGCACAUUCAUCAACUUUGAAGGAAAAAAAGAUUAUCUUUGCUUCCCUUUUCACAGUUUACGCAUUUGGAUAUGCAGUUGGGCCAGGGCUACAAGCUGUUCUGGCAUUCAUUCUCAAAAAAGAAUAUCGUCAUUCGUUUAUCAUCCUAGACGCCUUCAACGCUCCUGGCUGGCUCGGAAUGGUUUUGCAAAUUAUCAGUUUCAGCUCUGUAUUGAUUUUAUUUAAAGAGUACAACUUAACCAGCGACAACGAGACGAAAACAGGCUAGUAAGAGAAGAAAUCAUGUUUAAUUAUUUACUUAGUAUCAAUUGUUAAGUUUUCUGGAUUUAUCGUAAUGACUGCUUUACUAAAAACAAAUAUUAAAAUAGCAUAUUUUCCCCUAAAUUUCAAUGAUAGUGAUUCUGAUUUUAUUACUAGAUCAUCAUCAAUCAUCAUUAGAUUACUAUAAUUAUCUUUAAAAUGGCUUUGAAAAAGCAAGCACUUGAGUACACUGAAGCUUCUCAUCUGACACUCUGCAAGGUUUCAAAGGUCUGGACACAGACCGAAAUCUCUGAGCUAGGAAAUAUACUCAGUUGUGGAUCGAAAUAUGCCAAUCAGAAACGCGUGCACAUGAUGGUUAAGGUUGCCCAAUCAGUGCCGCUUGCCUGUUGGACGUGUCAUGGGAUGACGCUGACCAAUUAUGGUUAGCAUUUUAGGCAGCUAUGCGCACGCAGCAAGUUUUUUUCAGCCACGCGUCCCUUAGCGUAAAUGUUAAACAA